CAGACGUAGUUAAUGAUGAAGUUGGCGAUUCUUUGCAUCGAAGCAUCCAGCCGAGGAAAUCAACGGUUACAAUUGGAUGGUUGGUCCGACCACAAUCAAUCUUAGUCGCACAACGCGCCUCCCUGCUCCAGUUUUCCAUUCCUUGCGCCCCCUUCAGAUCCGAUCUGAUCCACGCCGGCGAGACACCGGAGGACCGCCAUGACGCUCAGCCUCCGUCGCAAGCAGCUCGAUGUUAUCGUGCGGAUGCUGCACCUGAACCAGCAGCAGUUGCCGAACGGCGGCGAGGGACAGGGAGAGGACGAUGCGUACAAGAUCCUGGUUAUGGAUCCGCCCUGUAUCUCCAUCCUCUCGCCUGUGCUCAAGCUCGGCGACCUCCGCCACCAAGGUGUCACCCUCACCCUCGCCAUCGAUCGUCCGCGGCAGGCGGUGCCCGAUGCGCCGGCCGUCUACUUCGUCCGGCCCACCCCCGGGAACGUGGACCGAGUAGCGGCCGACGCCGCCGCGGGGCUCUACGGGUCUUUCCACGUCAACUUCUCCACCUCCGUCCCGCGACCCCUGCUGGAGCGCCUCGCAACCGCCUGCGCCGCCGCUCCGCCCGCGUGUGCGGGCCGCGUGGCGCGCGUUGCUGACCAGUACAUCGACUUCGUCUGCAUCGAGGAUGACCUCUUUUCGCUAGCGCAGCCCCGGGCCUACGUCGCACUCAACGACCCCGCCGCUGCCGACGCCGACAUCACUGCCCUCGUCGACGCCGUCGCGCUGGGCCUCUUCUGCGUAGUCGCCACGCUCGGUGUUGUGCCUGUCAUCAGUUGUGCGCGCGGCGGGCCAGCGGAGAUGGUGGCCGGCGCCCUCGACGCCCGGCUCCGCGAUCACCUACUCGCCAAGCCCAACCUCUUCACGGAGGCUGCAUCUGCCGCUGUCACGUCAUUCCAGCGCCCUGUGCUGUGCCUCUUCGACAGGAAUUUCGAGCUGUCUGUAGGGGUGCAGCACGACUGGAGCUACCGCCCAUUGGUGCACGACGUGCUUGGCUUGAAGCAGAACAAGCUGAAGUUGCCGGCAGAGAAGUACGAAUUGGAUGACUCUGAUAAAUUCUGGGUGGCAAACAGCUGGUCUCCAUUCCCCAAAGUUGCUGAGGAAAUCGAAGCGCAGCUUGCCAAGUACAAGCAGGAUGUGGAUGAGGUGAACCAGCAUACUGGUGGUGGCAAGGUUGGGGUUGAGUUUGAUGGUACUGAUCUAAUUGGCAACACUAAGCAUCUCAUGAAUGCGGUGAACUCACUGCCAGAACUGACAGAGCGGAAGAAUAUGAUUGAUAAGCACACCAAUAUUGCAACAUCUUUGCUUGGGCAUAUCAAGGAGAGGUCUCUGGAUGGAUACUGCAGCUGUGAAAAUGAUAUGCUUGUGAGUGGCACUGUCGACCGGAAUACACUGCUGAGUCUCAUCAGAGGGAAGGGUACCAAGGAAGAUAAGCUUCGGCUAGCUGUGACCUACCUGCUGUCCUUUGCGACACCACCAUCAUCUGAGCUGGAGCAGGUUGAGGCCGCUCUGCGGGAAUCGGAAGUUGACAUGUCUGCAUUUCAGUAUGUGAAGAGGAUAAAGGCAUUAUUGAAUACCCAAUUUGCAGCUGCCUCAGGCACAGCAACUAAGAGCAACAUCGUCGAUUGGGCAGAGAAGCUGUAUGGGCAGUCCAUUGGCGCUGUGAAGAAUCUCUUGUCAGAUAGUAGGCAGCUGGCCUUGACAAGAACAGUUGAAGCUCUUAUGGAAGGGAAACCAAACCCAGAGGUGGAUGACUACCUUUUGUUUGAUCCACGGGCUCCUAGGUCAGGAACUAGUGGGCAGUUUAAAGGACCCUUCAGAGAAGCCGUUGUUUUCAUGAUCGGUGGUGGAAAUUACAUUGAGUACAAGAGCUUGAUAGAGCUAAAGCAACGCUCACAGCCUUCCAAACAUGUUAUAUAUGGUGCAACAGAAAUUCUUAGUGGGGCCGAGUUUAUUCACCAACUGGCAGAAUUGGGGCAGAAAGCAGGGUUGGGUGGUGGCAGCAGCAACAUACCACCAGGUUCAGCACAAUAGGUAGGAUGCUCUUACAAGACCUUUUAAUGUUAAGGAGUGAUUCGAGCUUCAGGGACUACGGUAAAUACGCUCAUACCCCACAUUUUAUUUUAAGGAGCGUUCCAGGCUGCAUAGAUUAGUGAUAUCAAAUUUCAUGAAAAGUUUAUGCCCCUUCGAUUGAUUAGUUGUCAAUACAUAGCUUUGUUGUUUCAAUUUGGGUUUUGAUAUUGCCCAUGUAUGACUAUUUUUACUUUUCUGUACUCUAUUUCCUUGCCCCCCUCCCUUUAUUUUACUAAGAAAUUUUUCUUGGAAUUCUGUUUGCACACUCAAAGAAAUCCGUUCAUGAAUAUUUGUAACAGAAACCUAGUUCUGAUGUUUGGAUAAUUUGAUUUUGGUUGAAAUCUUCAUAGUUCCAGGCUGUUACAUCUUUUACUUGUAGUGCAAGGCCAUAUGUGGGUUCUUGAAACCCCAUAUAUAUGACUAACCAUCUCAAUAAUAUGUAUGCAGGGUGGCGUAAUAUAUAAAUUCAUUUUGUGUGUUGGGGAUAUAAGUUUAUUACUUGUUUUAUCUACAAUAGUUGGAUACUUGGAUUGGGAAAAUGCAUUGUAGCAAUGGCAAGCUGAAGGUUUGUGCCACUGGUUCUCAAAAGUUGAUUUAUUCAUGCGAAUGGAAUCUAAACAUCUUUUGUACUGAAGCGCUGCGAUUAAAUAAAGGCUAUCAAUAGUUAAUA